GCUAGCAAAUAGAGUAUUUUCCACUUCCAUCUGUGACUAGAGACGUUCCCAAUCAUCGCACAAGUUCGUCAAGUGGCAGACAUGUCCAAUCAAAUGGAGGAGUUCCCGGAGGAUCAGCACAGCUACUACUCUUGCCUGGUGUGCAUGCGCACUGCCCGCUCGCCAAGAGUGGGCUUCUGUGGGCACCACUUCUGCGGCAUGUGCAUCCGCAACUGGAUGCUCACACAGGGGUCGCGGGCCAAGUGCCCGUACUGCCAGGCGAGGAUCGGGGAGAACACGCUCAUCACCAUCCGCAGGUCGAACAGCCCGGACGGCAGGACGUGCAAGUCCAUCGACGACCAUCGGCGCCGGCUGAACAUGAGCAGCGGAUAUGUCCGGGAGCUGGCCAUCCUGCCCGCGGCGGGCAUGUUCCUGCGCGGUCACGUCGAGCAUCCGCCGGAGCAAUUGCCGCGCGUCAAGCCGCUGCCACCGCAGAUGCUCCGCCAGUGUUUCCGUCGCCCCUUGCGGCGCACCUUUAUGGACCACACGCUCUACAAGUGCGCCAUGACCUUGCUCAUCAUGCUCUUCCUAUUCACCAUGUACCAAAAUGUCGUUUAGUCGGCCGAUGAGCUGUAUAUCUGUGUUUAUUUCCCGCUGCGGCGGUCCUCCAAAUUCCAUGUUCGUUGAUGCUGAUUUCGUGUUUGCUGUUCCCAUAAAUGUUUGUCAAUAGAAACUUUUGAAAUGCCGCCGUUUCGA